GAAAGAACACAACGACCUCAGUUUCGAACUCUCUCAGAGAAAGGAGAUCAUUAUCACGGCCGACGAGUUCAACGCACCAGAGACCGUCGAUGGCGAAAAGACUUUGAAUCAUUUACGGGAAAAGGAGAUCUAGAGCUCUAUGAAGAAUGCCUCAAGAAAGGAUAUGUUUACAUCAUGGAAUGCAAUGAACAUGAUAUGGCUAAUAUAUUUAUUCUGAUUCCCAAAGGCUUCGAUUCAAGUGUUGGGUUCAAAAUUGGCUAUUCAGGAAAACUUGCAGAACGCAUCCUUGAGAUUGGCAGGUGCCAUUGCAAGGUCGAAUUGAAGUCAUUUAGGGCUUUCCCCGGUGAGGUCACGAUCCAGAAACUCCUGGGUUUGACCGAGCAUGAUGUCAACCCUCUUGGUUUUGUAUACUUGUUGGAGAAGAUCAUGCAUGAAAUUUUUGUAGCCCAUCAGUAUGACAUCUCAUGCAAACAUGGGAAUUGGCGCGGUCGGACAACACACACAGAGUUUUUCUGGUUCAAGUCGGUACCAGGAGAUAAUGCUCCUUAUAAGAGAACGAAAGCUGAGAUCGGCGAGCUGUUUGGAAUCAUAGUUACGCCAUGGGUGAAACUACUCAGGGAUAUGGAGAGCAAGUUUUAUUGACGCCUAAGGAGUUUAAGGACUGUAGUCUGCUAGCCACAUACCUCGACAUCGCCUGAAUAGAGAGCAAAUGAAAUGAAACACAAAGAAGGUCCAUUUAGUGCAGUUCC